GGUCGUGCCUGGGCUGGAGAUGCUCUUACUUUAUAAGCCUCCCCCGCCGCCGGCAGUGAGUUGCCUUCGCGCGCAGCCUCCACCCCGCACCGCCGCCGCCUCCGCUUUGCCCCUGACGCUGCAACCGCUACCGUCGCCAUGGACCCGGUAAGAUCUGACGUCUCCGUUGAUGCGCAGCUUAAGGAGCUGAAGGCGGAGCUGAAGGAACUUAGGGCAGCCAAGGAAAAAUCUCUCCCCGGCGCCAAGGUCACCAAGGGUCCCCCCUCCGAGAUCCUCCCUUUUCUCGCGGAGGUGGUGAAGAAGCAAAGGGCGGCGCUGCGGGAGGCGUACAGCAACCGCGAACCACUCAUCCUCCGUCUCAACUCCCGGCAAGACCCGUGCGCAUCACCACCAGGACAGGAACAGUGGGUAGUCAAGUGGAUAAGUGGGAGAUGUAUGGAAACUGUGUCUAGUAAAUAUCUGACUGAUUGAAGUACUCAUCCUUGUCAAAUUUGAAAUUUUACAGUGUAUUUAUACACUUGGCUCUUUUUUUCCGGGAAAUGCCCAGAAAUGCUAGGCAGCGGUCUAGUUGCUAGGUGGAGCUGGAGCGCUUUCUCUACCACUUAAACAUUUGUGUUUUUUUGCUUAAACAUUUUAAAUGUGGUAGCAAGUCAGCUUGCCGGUGUAACUGGUAUAUCAAAGUUGACACCUUAUGCAAUGUUAUGAAAUUGUUUGUGCAUUUCUAGUACUCUGCAAGUAAAUGGACUGUUUCUAGACAACUAUAGUACCCUUAACAUAGGUUGAAAUAGUGGGAUAAUAUUUUCAUGUUGGUAUGCUACAUUCAAUCCACCGGUUUUUAGAUCAUUGUUUUUCUUAUGUUCUGAUAUUUUAUCUUUCCAUUUCCGGUUUUGCAUCAUAUAAAUGGGAUGGACGUACCUUUUUUUUUGUUGGUUUAACCACACUGACCCAACAUUUUAUUGAUUUG